GGGAGCAGCAGUGAGAGUCGCUGCAUCGCUGCCACGCUUCGUCGUGUUGACCACAGUUGUGGAAACUUCUUAAUCUGCUCUCUUGAUCAAGCCUCACAAUGACAGAGGAAGCAUGCAGGACACGAAGUCAGAAACGAGCCUUAGAACGUGAGGUACCACAUAACGAUGUGGACAGCAAGAAACUAAAAAUGGAGAAAGGACUGUUAGGAACUGAAAUAAGUGCUGAAGGAGACAUGAAAAUAAAAACGGAUCCCGGAGCUGGAAAAGUGCAAGGACUGUUAAAAAGUGGAGAGGUGAAAGCAACCAUUAAAGUGGAGGUUCAGACGGGGGAUGAGCCCGUGGACAUGAGUACUUCCAAAAGUGAAAUAAAGAGAGAGAAGCGAGUCCCCUCCCCGGACGUCAUAGUGCUGUCAGACAAUGAACCUUCUAGCCCUAGAAUGAAUGGUUUAACAAAAAUAGCAUUAAAAGAGACCAACACGGAGGCACUCAUGAAAAGCAGUCCUGAGGAGCGUGAGAGAAUGAUCAAACAACUGAAAGAAGAGCUACGGUUAGAGGAAGCAAAGCUUGUCCUAUUGAAAAAGUUACGGCAGAGUCAAAUCCAGAAGGAGACCACUACUCAGAAGCCUGCCUGUUCCUCUGGGAGUGCUGUGGCCACCCCUCCGCCCUUGGUGCGGGGCACGCAGAGUGUUCCUGCUGGCAAGCCGUCCCUGCAGACCUCUUCUACACGUAUACCAGGCACUGUUAUUCCUCCUCCAUUGGUUCGUGGUGGGCAGCAGACCUCUGCAAAACUAGGAACCCAGCAAAACACACAGAUAGUAAUGCCACCUCUUGUCAGAGGAGCACAGCAAAUCCACAACAUCCGACAGCACUCCAGCACGGGGCCGCCUCCGCUGCUGCUGGCACCGCGGGCAUCGGUCCCCAGCGUGCAAAUUCAGGGGCAGAGAAUUAUCCAGCAGGGCCUGAUCCGUGUGGCCAACGUCCCCAAUACCAGCCUGAUCGUCAACAUCCCGCAGGCCUCUCCAACUUCAAUCAAAGGUACAACAGUGACAUCAGCUCAGGCCAAUGCGACCUCCACCAGCGCCGCUUCCAUCGUCAACUCCAACGAGUCGCCCGCCAGCCGGCAGGCUGCAGCCAAGCUGGCGCUGCGGAAGCAGCUGGAGAAGACACUGCUGGAGAUCCCUCCUCCAAAGCCACCUGCUCCAGAGAUGAACUUCCUGCCCAGCGCAGCUAAUAACGAAUUUAUUUACCUAGUUGGAUUGGAAGAAGUUGUGCAGAAUUUGCUGGAAACUCAAGGUAAAGUUUCCAUCCCCGUUUCAUCUCGUGAGCCCUACAUGUGUGCUCAGUGUAAGACUGACUUCACCUGCCGCUGGAGGGAGGAGAAGAAUGGAACCAUUAUGUGUGAAACCUGUAUGACAUCCAAUCAGAAAAAGGCCUUGAAAGCAGAGCACACUAACAGGCUGAAGGCUGCCUUCGUCAAAGCUCUGCAGCAGGAGCAGGAGAUUGAGCAGAGGAUACUGCAACAGACUGCAUCUCCUGUGCAGAGCAAGUCAGACCCCAUCGUGCAGCAUCACUCGCUCAAGCAGACUUCUAGCCAGAUGUCUCGAGGCUCUGGAGCCCCGCGGGGAGUGUUGCAUGCAUUUAGCCAGUCACCCAAGUUGCAGAAUGCAUCGUCUGCAGCAGCACUUGGGAGUAGGCCAGGUAAGCAUGCUGAGAGACCUGUCAGCAAGGGCAGCGCUGCCGCCUGGAAGAAGACUCCCAUCAACACAGGUGGGGCUCUACCCUUUGUUAACCCUAGUUUAGCUGUGCACAAGUCCUCCUCGGCAGUAGACCGCCAGCGUGAGUAUCUCCUGGAUAUGAUCCCCCCACGGUCCAUCCCACAGUCUGCCACGUGGAAAUAAUGCAGAGGAACGCCCGAGAGGAAGACUUUUCCUGUUUCUGCCAUCCUUUUUAUACCACACGACAGUGGAAUCUGCUUUAAUCCCAGCUGGAUACGCCCCAGGCUUUAUAGGAUGCAAGAAGACCACUCCUCAUCCCAUCGAGUGCUGCUGUCCCUGCUAUGAGAAAUGACACCGUGUGGGUGGGAAAGACUCGAGCUCAUGUGGUUAUCAGAUUCUUGUGAUUGACUGAUAAUGAAGGCUGUCAGGGAAGGGGAAGAAUUCUUAUUUUUUGGGCUUUAUAUAUUUAGUUUGGAUUUUCUUUGUCACCAGCACAAGAGGAGGACUGAGUGACUCUCUGCCUUCGGUUUCUUAGUUGAGAACCGCACCAGGAGCACGGUGUCGGUUCACCGCGGAGCGUGGAUGGCAGCCUGGGGAGAGCAGCUUCCACCAGUCCUGCAGACACAUUUAGUGAGCCGAGUUCAUGUUUGCUUUUCUUCCCUGCCCCUCCUCAGCCAGGAAGGCAGUCUACAGAUGAUAAUGUUUCAAAACCCGCUGAUGAUGAGCUAAUGAUAAA